CAAGGGCGCAGUUGGGCCCGCCCUGGGUCUCGGUCCACGUGGCAGCUGUUGGCUUGGACUGAGAGAAUGUAGGGACGCGGAUCGCCUGGGGUGCGGAGCAGGGGAGGACUAGCUGUCGCCCAGUCCCAGAGGAGACGCGCGAUCUUAUAGGGGCAACAGGAAGAGGGGUGUCUUAGGCCAGCUGCAGAUUUCCCCUUCCUCCUUCCGCUGCUUCUGGGGGGUCCUUCCUAGCGCGGGAGGCCGGAUACUGGUCACUGGUGGCUUCAGAGUGCGCUCUGCCUCUUGCUGACCUUUGGGAACUUGGGAUAGUGAGGGCUCGGCCCCUGGGAGCGGGGUUCUGAGCGUUCUGUCCGGGGUGGAAGAGCCUGGCAGCGCGCCAGGAAGCUGUUGCGCGCAGACAGGACCUUUCUUGUUUCCGAUAGUGGCCUGGCGGGAGCUCAGUGCUGCGCGCGCCCCUGGCACCGCCAGCGCGCCCAGAGCCAGCUCGGCUGUCCCUUCUGAGAAGCUCAGGGAUCCAUGUGGCCACCCUGAAGGUCCCCUCGUGGGCUGGCUCGAGGGGUUUCAAGAGCCACCACGAUGGAGGACCUCACCCAGGGGCCGCUGGGGGGCCCUCCAUUCUGCGCUCUGUUCCUGUGCAGGCUCUUGGCCAGCAUGGCCCCCACGCUGCAGCAGGCGUACCGGAGGCGCUGGUGGAUGGCCUGCACGGCUGUGCUGGAGAAUCUCUUCUUCUCUGCCGUACUCCUGGGCUGGGGCUCCCUGCUGAUCAUGCUCAAGAACGAGGGAUUUUAUUCCAGCCUGUGCGAAGUUGAGAACGCCACUAACACCACUCAAGGUGCACAGCUCCAGAGGCCCACCUGUGACGAUCAGGAAGAGAUGCUCAACCUGGGCUUCACCAUCGGCUCCUUCGUGCUCAGCGCCACCACCCUGCCGCUGGGGAUCGUCAUGGACCGCUUUGGCCCCAGGCUCACCCGCCUGCUUGGCAGCGCCUGCUUUGCUGCAUCCUGCACCCUCAUGGCCCUGGCCUCUCGGGACACCGAAGUUCUGUCUCCAUUGAUAUUCCUGGCGCUGUCCCUGAACGGCUUUGGUGGCAUCUGCCUAACGUUCUCUUCACUCACGCUGCCCAACAUGUUUGGGAACCUGCGCUCCACCAUCAUGGCCCUCAUGAUCGGCUCCUACGCCUCUUCGGCCAUCACGUUCCCAGGAAUCAAGCUGCUCUGUAAUGCUGGUGUGCUCUUUGUGGUCAUCAUGUUCACCUGGUCGGGCCUGGCCUGCCUCAUCUUUCUGAACUGUGCCCUCAACUGGCCCAGCGAGUCCUUUCCCGCUCCUGAGGAAGGCAGCUACACGAAGAAGAUUAAGCUUACCGGGCUGGCCCUGGAUCACAAGGUGACAGGUGACCGCUUCUACACCCAUGUGACCAUCGUGGGCCAGCGGCUGAGCCAGAGGAGUCCCAGCGUGGAGGGGGAUGACAUCUCUCAGGACGCUCCUGGCAGCUCAGAAAACCCUCGUGAGAAGUCUGUCCCCUUCUGCAAGAGUCUCUGCUCCCCCAUUUUCCUGUGGAGCCUCCUCACCAUGGGCAUAACCCAGCUGCGCGUCAUCUUUUACAUGGCUGCAAUGAACAAGAUGCUGGAGUUCCUCGUGACCGGUGGCCAGGAGCAUGAGACGGCCGACCUGAAACAAAGGGCAACGGAGACAGUUGAGUUCUACUCCUCCAUCUUUGGGGCCAUGCAGCUGCUGUGUCUUCUCACCUGCCCUCUCAUCGGCUACAUCAUGGACUGGCGGAUCAAGGACUGCGUAGACACCCCCGCCGAGGGCCUUGCCCUGGGAGACGCCAGGGACGGGGUUGCCACCAAGUCCGCCAGGCCGCGCUACCUCAAGAUCCAGAAGCUCACCAACGCCAUCAAUGCCUUCACCCUGACCAACAUUCUGCUUGUGGCUUUUGGCAUCACCUGCCUGAUCCACAACUUACACCUCCAGUUUGUGACCUUUGUCCUGCACACUGUGAUCCGAGGUUUCUACCACUCGGCCUGUGGCGGCCUCUACGCUGCUGUGUUCCCGUCCAACCACUUUGGGACGCUGACAGGUCUGCAGUCCCUCAUCAGCGCCCUGUUUGCCCUGCUCCAGCAGCUGCUCUUCAUGGCCAUGGUGAAACCCUUGAAAGGGGACCCCUUCUGGGUGAAUCUGGGCCUCUUGCUCUUCUCACUCCUGGGAUUCCUGCUACCUUCCUACCUCUUCUACUACCGUGCUCAGCUCCAGAGGGAGUACGCCACCGACUGGGAAGGCCCACAGAAGGCGCUGCGCAGCUCUGAGGUGACAGCAUAGACCUCUGAGGCCAAGGGACCUGGGUGACGGGCCACCAAGGCCUGAACAACCAAAGGGAAUGCCUCGUAUGGCUUUUCUACCUGUAAUCCGCACAGAGCCAGGGGAUGUGGAUUUAUAAAUACCAAGAGAAGUUCUAUUUUUGUAGGGACUUGCUAAAAGAAAAAAAAAAUCCCUAAAAAAAUUCCCCCAAAGCAAUGCACCCUUGACUGAAGACAGCCCCUGUGGUAGAAGGAUGGGGUGUCUUCCUCCUACACUGGAGGAGACCAGGGUGUGGAGCUGCCCUUUCUCUGGGCCCGUAGCCUCCUGGUGCCUCCUGGGGCUUGUGGGAUUAGCAAACAAGCCCUGGUUGUGCAAGGCUCAGAGCGUGCAUGCAAGUGUGUGCACUUGUGUGUGUGUGUAUGAACAAACCUUUCCCUAGAGGAAAGGGGCCUGAGGUGCUGGCUGUGUCCUGGAUGGGGUGGGGGGGCGGGGGUGGGGAGUAAGCUCCCUUUCAGGGGUUGGAGGGCAGGUUCCCUCCCUGGUGCUGCUUCUUGCAGAUCUCAGAGGAAAUAAAAAGGGAAGUGAGAGACUG